AUCGUUUGAGAAAGCGGAACGUGGAAUUGGAACACAUGGUAUUCAACGGUUCAGAUAACAAUACAAACAAGUCACAUUUUCUAAACAAAUAUCUUAUCUUAAAAAUUGGUAUUUAAUAAUCAUUCGGCUUAAACAAAUUCGGAUUUCAAUGGCUUUUAAAUUUAUUUUGACUGAUUAGUUCUAAUAACCAUCCAAAUUUUUAAUUUGCUAAGGAUAUUGUGAGAAUGACUAGAUAUUUCCGUCGCCCGGAAAUAAAGAUAUACAAGAAAUUUAGGUUGCAGGAUGGCGAUGAUGGAUUUUUCGAAAAGUUCGGCUCAUUACUUAGACAAAAAUCACAGAUCGAUGAGGGGGUCCUGAAAACAUCUCUAGCACCAUUGGAGGAGUCUUCGCAGGACGGCGAUGAAGAAAUUUAUGAAAAAUUCAGCCCACUUCAAGGAGAAAAAUCACAAAUCGAUGACAGCACCGGGGCAGAAGGAUCCGAUACGAGUCCGGAUGGAACAUCCCAGUUCAGUCAGGAUCCUGAUUUCUCCAAUACCUUUGAUACAGAGAGUGAGCAGGCCUCGAUUUCUGAAAAGGAUAUUAGCACCAAAGUCCUGGAUGCUGCUCCUGUAAUGAAUGUAACGGAUCUAUACGAAGAAAUAUUAUUUGAAAUUUACAACAACAUUGGCUGUGAAAACAACGAAGAAUGCACAGGUACUCUCGUCGAGUUCGUCCAGGAAGCAUUCAAGAUUUCGAAUUCUACGCACCUGGAAAUUUCUGAGGCGGCAAGGCAAAAGGAGCCGCCAAAUGUCCGUUUGAACGUGGAGAUUAUAAAGGCCGAAAAUCUGCUAUCCAAGGACUCCAAUGGAUUGUCUGAUCCUUUUGUGACACUAUACUUAGAAUCGAAUGGAUCCCAUCGCUAUAACUCAUCUGUGAAGCCUGCCACCUUAAAUCCUAUAUGGGAGGAACAUUUCUCACUGCCAAUUGCCGACAAUGCUCGAGACGAAGUACUCAUUGUUGAAGUGUGGGACUUUGAUGCCGCUGAAACGGUUAAGGAGAAAGUCAAUAAAAUUUUGGACGUCAAAGGAGUGAAAGGACUAAGUAAGCUAAUGAAAGAAAUAGCUGUGACAGCUUCGUCGGGAAAGCACGACAAUGAACUGAUUGGAAGAGCCGCCAUUACCUUAAAGUCUAUUCCUGUUUCUGGUUUAACCGUCUGGUAUAACCUGGAAAAGGGUGGCAAAACCCGCAGCCGUGGCUCCCUCCUGGUUAACUUAGCACUGAGUGCCGAGAAGAACAAAAACGUGGCGGUGCAGGAGCACAAAAACCUAUUGAAAUUAUUGCUAAUGCACGAGCUGGAAACCUCGCAGGUGGCCAACUACUGGUGGAGCGGAAAGUUCAGCCCCAAUGCAGAGCUAAUCCGAUCCCAGCAUGCGGCACAGAGCGGGCUCACUCCAUUCGACUGUGCCCUUAGCCAGUGGCACGCCUACAGCACCAUCCAUGAAACGCAUAAACUUAAUUUUACUCUAUUCAAUUCCAUACUCGACGUUGUGGUUCCCGUCAUUAACUGCAUGCAAACCGAUUCCGAGGAUGUGAAAACAUUUUGGGAUGGCGUGAAACGCCUACUGCCCUCAUGUUUCGCUGUUCUCCGUAAAUUAAGGGCCAAGAACACCAGUGAUAAGAAUAUUGUAAGAGCAUUGAAUGAAGUCCUGGAUAUACUUAAGAAAAUCAAAGAUUUGGAAGUCCCCGAGAAUGUGGACAUUUUCCCCAAAUCGGUUUACGGCUGGAUACACACCAACGGUACCGAUGAGACGUGCAAUAUUGACACUGCCAUUAUAGAUGCUAUUAAUACGGGAGCCAAGGAGUGGCUGGAACACAUAGUCGAGGGCAGCAGGCAAACCAAAACUCACGAAACUGACGAGGAGAAACUUCAGUAUAUUAUAAAACUUAUACAAUUGGUUCGGUCCGAUCUUCAACGUGCAAUGGAAUACUUCGAUAAGCUAUUUUACCACAAAAUUCAGCUGAACUACUCGGCAAUCCUUUAUUUAUUUUAUGACUCCAAACUGGCUGAAAUUUGCAAGUCAAUUAUUAUUGAUGUGUGCAAUAAUAUUAAGAGAUUGGAUGUACCGGACGAUCAAUUCGAAUACCUACCGAACAUUGAUAAUGUGAAUAUGGGAACAUCGUUGUUCGAAGUCUAUUUGAUUCUAAAACGAUAUGUGCAACUAGGCGAAUCUCUUUGCUCGGAACCCCUGGAACUGGCGAGCUUUUAUCCUUGGUUCGAAAGGGGCGUUACUCAUUGGCUAGAUAUUUCUAUAAUAAAGGCUUUAAAUCGUAUACAAAAAGCUAUUGAUUUGGACCAAUUGAAGGCUGUUGAUGAAACAGUCAAAUACAGUUCCUCAGCAGUGGAUACUCUUUCCAUAUUUUAUCAAAUCAAAAUAUUUUGGCAACAACUGGAUUGGCCAGAAGUCGAAGGAUCCUAUACAUUUGUAGCCAAAAUUAUUAAUGAUAUUUGCCGAUGUUGCAUAUUUUAUGCUCAAAAAAUGUCAAAUAGGGUGGAGAACUUUGCCUUAAUCGGAGAUAACAACAAAAUGUUUGUUUUGUCUCAAGAGUGGUGUAUAGCUAUCAAUAAUAUGGAUUACAUCCGCCAAAGUUUACCUUCCUUUAUUAAGGAACUGGGCACCGAUGAUAUUAUUAAGAGAUUGGGAGAAUAUCGCACAAAUUUAGAGGCUGAGCGCUGCGCUUCCACAAUUACUGCUGUCAUUGAAAACGCAAGAGAUACGGAAAGAAAUCAAAUUGUUGAACUUAUUGAGAUUGUAGCCAGGAAAAUGGCACCUCCGAUCAAACGAUAUUUGGCUGAAGGAGCAGAAGUCCUUGCUAAGGAUUCAAACUCAAUGGACCAACUAAUGAAUUACUUAGAAGGAUCAUUAACUACACUUUACGAAACACUUAACGAGGUGAACUUCGGAAGAAUACUCGAUAGCAUUUGGUCUGAACUAGCUAUAAUAAUGUACGACCUUAUUCAGUCGAAUCUUGAUAAACGCCGUCCCCCAGCAUUCUUUCAAAACUUAAAUAAUACUCUCCAAACAAUGUUAGAUUGUUUUAAAAUGGGUAAUAUAGAAGCGUCGGACGUGAAGAUCCUGUCCGCCAUCCAAAGCAGGUUAGAGCUAUACUCCCUGGAAACAGCAGAUCUUAUUCAUCAGUAUUAUAUGGACCGACUGGAGUACCAAAAGAAUCAAACGUCGUCCCAGUAUGGACAACUUACUAUAAUGGCAAAUCUAACCGAUUCCGGUUUAGUGUUAAAUAUUUUAAAUGCUCGCAACUUGCUCGCCAUGGACUCUAAUGGAACGGUUGAUUCAUUUGUUAAAAUUACGUUUUUGCCCACAAUUCGAUUUAAUGAUGUCUCCCCAUUGAAAACAAACGUUCAUAAUAAAAAUUGUUUUCCACUUUACGAUCAAGAGUUUCGAAUAAAUUUAAGUGAACCCCAGCGAACUGAUAAAAAUAGCCUCAUCUUAUUUAGUAUCAAAGAUAAAGAUCUUUUCGGAAUGUCCAGCCAAUAUAUAGCUGAGAGCUAUAUUUCAUUUGCAGACAUUGAGGCUGCACCUGGCGAACAAAUUAUGAUGAAUUUAUCAAGACCAGAAUAUACAGAUUCCGAUGCACUACGAGCCUUGGAGUACAGGCAAGGUGAUAAACAAGCUAAGGACUUUGUUAAAAAACUAAAGAAUAGAUCAUUCUCCUAGAAUGUAAUGAAAUGGAUUUCAAUCUGUGUAAAAAACCUAAGCAAUAAAAGUAUAUUUUUUACUAAAAACA